AUGAGUGCCGUGUUAACUCGAUGCAGAGUGAGCUCGGAGCAACUGGAUCUAUUAUUGUCGUUUAUGGAAGAUCAUCCCGACUUCGCUUCAGGCAAACAGUCGAUCUACUCACGUUUCAGUUCGAGCAAGCUGUGGCGCUUGCUGGCCGAGCGACUGAACGCAGCGGCGUCUGAUAGCGGCGGUGCGCUUAAGUCGCCUGACAAGUGGUGCAAGUACUGGGCAGACAUAAAAUAUAAGGCGCGAAAAAAGUCAGCGGCCGGUGGGGCUUUAGGAGACCUUUCUAGUGUCGAGGAACGGUUGCAGAACAUAUUCAAUAGCAGCGGACGAGAAUCGACGGGCGGCGGACGACGCGGCAGCCACUCGGACGAAGAGCGCAAACCCGCUCUGCUGGACGACGACAUGUGCUCCGAGGGUUCCGCGGGGCAGGCCGGCACCGGCGACUCGCGCCUCAGCACCGAGGAGCUCCUGGCCGAAGCCGCCAUGCGCAGCGCCCUGGCGGCCGAGAAACAGGCCGAGGCCGUCGCGCAGGCCGUAGACCUGCUGCGCGACCUCGUGGCUCUGCUCCGCGAGCGCCGCGAGCCGCAGCACGUGCCGCACGUCGCCGAUCACCUGGCGCCGCUGCAGCACCACCACCAUCGCCUGUAG